GAGCGAGCGAGCGAGGCUGAGCGGCAACAGUGGCGGCGACGCCGACAGCGCGGGGGGCCGUGGCGGCGACGGGGACUGAGCGCGGCCGCGGCUGCAGGAGGCGGGGGAGCAGCGGCAGCGGCGGCUGGUUUUGCCUGUACUAAUACAACUGCUGAAUUGGUGCUUUAAGGAUUUGCCUUUUCUCAGUUUCUUUACUUGCCUAUCAGACAUAAUGAGGAGACUGGCUUUUCGUGGUGCUGGUUGUACUCUGAAGAAGUUGGAUUCCAUGGGUUCCAAGAGGCGAAGGGCUACCUCUCCUUCCAGCAGUGCCAGUGGAGAUUUUGAUGAUGGCCACCACUCCACAACUACACCAGGCCCAAGCAGGAAGAGGAGAAGACUCUCCAACCUCCCUACGGUCGAUCCUAUCGCUGUAUGCCAUGAAUUAUACAACACAAUCAGAGAUUACAAAGAUGAACAAGGGAGGCUUCUGUGUGAGCUUUUCAUUAGGGCCCCCAAACGAAGAAACCAGCCAGAUUACUAUGAAGUGGUUUCUCAGCCUAUUGAUUUAAUGAAAAUCCAACAGAAGCUAAAAAUGGAGGAAUAUGAUGAUGUGAACGUGCUAACUGCUGACUUCCAGCUGUUAUUUAAUAAUGCAAAAUCAUAUUAUAAGCCAGACUCCCCUGAAUAUAAGGCUGCCUGUAAAUUGUGGGAUUUAUAUAUACGCACAAAAAACGAGUUUGUCCAGAAGGGAGAUCCUGACGAUGACGACGACGACGACGAGGGCCAUGACAAUCAAGGGACAAUUUCUGAAAUAUCUUCUCCAGGUUAUUUAAAAGAAAUUCUGGAACAGCUUCUUGGAGCCGUAGUUGUAGCCACAAACCCAUCAGGCCAUCUCAUCAGUGAGCUUUUUCAGAAGCUUCCCUCUAAAGUGCAAUAUCCUGACUAUUAUGCAAUAAUUAAAGAGCCCAUAGAUCUGAAGACUAUUGCCCAGCGAAUACAGAAUGGAAGUUAUAAAAGCAUUCAUGCAAUGGCCAAGGACAUAGACCUGUUAGUUAAGAAUGCCAAAACUUACAACGAACCUGGGUCUCAAGUAUUCAAGGAUGCAAAUGCAAUAAAGAAAAUAUUUAAUAUGAAGAAAGCAGAAAUUGAGCAUUCCGAACUGACCAAAUCAAGUCUCCGAAUCAGGACUGCAAAUUUGGCUGCUUCCAAGCUGACAGGUCCUUCCUCACAGGGUAAAGGCAGUGUUGUCGAUGACAGAAAUGCUGCUAAUAAAUAUUAUCGUAACAAAAGAGCUGUCCAAGGAGAUCGUUUAUCAGCAAUAACCAUGGCACUGCAAUAUGGAUCUGAAAGCGAUGAAGAUGCUGUUUUGGCUGCUGCUGCCCGUUAUGAAGAAGGGGAGUCUGAAGCCGAGAGCAUAACUUCAUUUAUGGAUACUUCCAACCCUCUCUAUCAGCUUUAUGAUAUAGUUAGGAACUGCAGGAACAACCAGGGUCAGCUCAUAUCAGAACCCUUUUUUCAUUUGCCUUCGAAGAAAAAGUAUCCGGACUAUUACCAACAAAUCAAAAUGCCUAUUUCAUUGCAGCAAAUCAGAACAAAACUAAAGAACCAUGAAUAUGAAACUCUGGACCAUUUGGAAUGCGAUUUAAACUUGAUGUUUGAAAAUGCCAAACGUUAUAAUGUCCCAAAUUCUGCCAUUUACAAGAGAGUACUGAAAAUGCAGCAGGUUAUGCAGGCAAAGAAGAAGGAGCUAGCCAGAAGAGAUGAUAUCGAGGAUGGAGACAGUAUGAUCUCUUCUGCAACAUCUGAUGCUGGAAGUUCAAAAAGAAAAAGCAAAAAGAACAUAAAGAAGCAGCGAAUGAAAAUUUUGUACAAUGUUGUUCUUGAGGCACGAGAGCCUGGCACUGGCCGAAGACUUUGUGAGCUGUUCGUGGUGAAACCUUCCAAAAAAGACUAUCCAGAUUAUUACAAAAUCAUCUUGGAGCCAAUGGAUUUAAAAACAAUAGAGCACAAUAUCCGCAGUGACAAGUACGUUGGGGAAGAGUCUAUGAUAGAAGAUAUGAGGUUAAUGUUUCGAAACGCAAGGCAUUAUAAUGAAGAAGGCUCACAGGUUUACAAUGAUGCUCAUAUCUUGGAGAAGAUUCUUAAAGAAAAGAGGAAAGAGCUGGGACCUCUGCUUGAAGAUGAUGAGGUUGCUUCCCCUAAAUUGAAAUUAACUUUAAAUUUUGUUCCUCUAGGUAGAAAGACUGGCAUCUCCCCUAAAAAAUCAAAAUAUAUGACUCCAAUGCAACAGAAACUUAAUGAAGUAUACGAAGCGGUGAAGAACUAUACAGAUAAGCGAGGGAGAAGGCUUAGUGCAAUUUUCCUGCGGCUUCCAUCUCGAUCGGAGCUUCCUGACUACUACCUGACAAUUAAAAAGCCGGUUGAUAUGGAGAAGAUCAGAAGUCACAUGAUGGCCAACAAAUAUCAGGACAUUGAUGCCAUGGUUGAAGAUUUUGUAAUGAUGUUCAAUAAUGCCUGCACUUAUAAUGAGCCAGAAUCCUUGAUUUACAAAGAUGCUCUGGUGCUGCACAAAGUUUUGCUAGAAACUAGAAGAGACAUAGAAGGAGAUGAAGAUUCUCAUGUCCCAAAUGUUACACUCCUGAUCCAGGAACUUAUACAUAACCUUUUUGUCUCUGUAAUGAGUCAUCAGGAUGAUGAAGGCAGGUGCUACAGUGACUCCUUAGCUGAAAUUCCUGGUGUUGAUCCUAAUUUCCCAAACAAGCCACCCCUGACUUUUGAUAUCAUACGAAAGAAUGUGGAAAAUAACCGCUACCGGAGAUUGGAUUUGUUCCAAGAGCAGAUGUUUGAAGUGCUGGAGCGGGCAAGGAGAAUGAACCGGACGGAUUCGGAGAUUUAUGAGGAUGCAGUGGAACUUCAACAGUUCUUUAUCAAAAUCCGUGACGAACUCUGCAAGAAUGGCGAGAUCCUGUUGUCACCAGCCCUCAGCUACACUACCAAGCAUCUUCAUAACGAUGUCGAAAAAGAGAAGAAGGAAAAGCUUCCUAAGGAAAUGGAAGAAGACAAACUCAAAAGAGAAGAAGAGAAGAGAGAAGCUGAAAAGAGUGAAGAUUCUUCUGGAGGAUCAGGACUGUCUAGUUUACACAGGACAUACAGCCAGGAUUGCAGCUUUAAGAACAGCAUGUAUCACGUUGGGGAUUAUGUGUAUGUUGAACCCGCAGAAGCCAAUUUGCAACCUCACAUAGUCUGCAUUGAACGACUGUGGGAGGAUUCGGCUGGAGAAAAAUGGUUGUACGGCUGCUGGUUUUAUCGACCAAAUGAAACAUUCCAUCUUGCAACCCGAAAGUUUUUGGAGAAAGAAGUAUUUAAAAGUGAUUAUUACAACAAAGUCCCCGUGAACAAAAUUCUUGGCAAAUGUGUGGUCAUGUUUGUUAAGGAGUAUUUUAAGCUAUGCCCAGAAAACUUUAGAGAUGAAGACGUUUACGUUUGCGAAUCACGUUAUUCUGCAAAGACCAAGUCCUUUAAGAAGAUUAAAUUAUGGACCAUGCCAAUUAGCUCUGUACGAUUUGUUCCUCGAGACGUGCCCUUGCCUGUGGUUCGUGUUGCCUCAGUAUUUGCGAAUACAGACAAAAUUGAUGAGGAAAAGCACACUGAAAUGUCUGAGGAUAUCAAAGUGGGAGACCACACCCUUAGCCUUGAAAAGGACAAAGAAGAUGUUCCAGUAGAAAUGGCAAAUGGAGAACCUGGGUGUCACUACUAUGAACAGCUUUGUUACAAUGACAUGUGGCUGAAGGUUGGGGAUUGCGUCUUCAUAAAAUCACACGGUCUAGUCCGACCGCGAGUUGGCAGAAUAGAAAAAAUGUGGGUAAGAGAUGGAGCUGCCUAUUUCUUUGGUCCGAUCUUUAUACACCCAGAGGAAACUGAACAUGAGCCAACUAAAAUGUUCUACAAGAAGGAAGUGUUUUUGAGUAACUUAGAAGAGACCUGCCCCAUGACAUGCAUUCUAGGAAAGUGUGCUGUGUUGUCUUUCAAGGACUUCCUCUCCUGUAGGCCAACUGAGAUUUCUGAAAAUGAUGUUCUCCUCUGUGAAAGCCGCUAUAAUGAAAGUGACAAACAGAUGAAGAAAUUUAAGGGAUUGAAAAGGUUUUCUCUUUCAGCAAAAGUAGUAGAUGAUGAAAUUUACUACUUUAGGAAACCCAUAAUUCCUCAGAAGGAGCCAUCUCCCCUUCUGGAAAAGAAGAUUCAGCAGCUAGAAGCCAAAUUUGCUGAGCUGGAAGGAGGUGAUGAAGAGAUUGAAGAGAUCGCAGAAGAGGAAGGUGAAGUUACAGAAGCGCCAACGAUGCCUCAGCUUCAGAGUCCUCUUUCUAAUGAGUUGGAUAUAAUGCCAUACACUCCUCCACAGUCCACUCCCAAGUCUGCCAAGGGCAGUGUAAAGAAGGAAGGAUCGAAGAGGAAGAUCAACAUGAGUGGUUACAUUCUAUUUAGUAGUGAGAUGAGAGCGGUUAUUAAAGCUCAGCACCCAGAUUAUUCAUUUGGAGAGCUCAGUAGACUUGUUGGAACAGAGUGGAGAAACUUGGAAGCAACCAAGAAAGCAGAGUAUGAAGAGCGGGCAGCUAAGGUUGCUGAGCAGCAGGAGAGAGAACGAGCAGCACAGCAACAGCAGCAGAAUUCCUCCCCCCGGGCAGGCACUCCUGUCGGGGCUCUAAUGGGGGUGGUGCCGCCACCAACACCAAUGGGGAUGCUCAAUCCGCAGUUGACACCUGUUGCAGGCAUGCUAGGUGGCUAUCCACCAGGGCUGCCAACUUUACAGGGCCCAGUUGAUGGCAUUAUUAGCAUGGGCAGCAUGCCGCCACUUCACCCUGGGGUGCCUCCACCCCACCAACUUCCACCAGGCAUGCCAGGCAUCCCACCACCGGGUGUUAUAGGUCAAAGCGUUUCCUCCAUGGUAGGAGCCCCCUCAGCAGGAAGUCCUUUUGGACAGCAGAUGGGUAUCCUUGGUCCACCAGGUCAGCAGGCCCCACCUCCCUAUCCUGGACAAAAUCCAGCAGCCCAGCAAGUUAUGCAGCAGCCAACAACUCCUAUGUUUGUCUCCCCUCCACCAAAGACGCAAAGGCUUCUUCAUUCUGAGGCUUAUCUGAAAUACAUUGAGGGUCUAAGUGCUGAUUCGAGUAGUAUUAGCAAGUGGGACCAGACCCUUUCAGCACGAAGACGCGAUGUCCAUCUCUCAAAAGAACAAGAGAGCCGUCUUCCUACACACUGGUUGAAAAGCAAAGGGGCCCACACCACAAUGGCAGAUGCCUUAUGGCGCCUUCGAGACUUGAUGCUGAGAGAUACUCUUAAUAUCCGUCAAGCAUACAACAUAGAAAAUGUUUAAUCCUCUUUCGAUACCAACAUAUAAUAUUUUUGUGGAACAAUAGCUGUUUUAGUUAUUGGUGGGGGAGGGCAAACUGGUUUUAUUGCAUCUUACUGUACAUUGCAAGAUUGUUUUUUUAUAUAAGGACACUUUUAAUAAGCAUAUUUCACUUUUUGUUAUAUUAUGUUGACUUUUUUAAAAACUAUACAGACUUGUGCAUAUGGUUCUUUAACUUGGAAGAUGAUCUCACACUUUUGUUAUAAAUGCAAAAUAAGGUUACAUCAUUUGGCCUUACACAGAGGUUCUCAUGCCUUCUUUUUUUUUUUUAAAGCAGCAAGAGUGUGUAGCGAAAUGUGAAGUUAAUCCCAGUUUGCAUCUUAGCAGCAUGAGCAUCCAUGUGCUUGUGUGGUAGUGACUUUUGGCAGAUACAUCACAAGAACUUAAAGCCUUCCUUUAAAUAAAGCUACUAGGGUAGGGAGAAGAUGGAAUCAACUUGGUAAAUGUAAGGCCUUUUUUAUUUGUUCCCAGAACUUGAUAAAAGGAAAUAAGCAAACCUGUAUCUUUUGAUUUGACCACCUUUUGUUGGCACAUAUAAGUUCAAAGUGGGGCUUGUAUUGAUGAGUCUGCUUUAAGAGAUCUGCAGACAUGAAGGCUUACAUGUGAUGCCAGUAGACAUUGGCCUGAUGAUAGUGUGCUACCUAAUUUAUUUCUCCAGGAUGAGACCUGUGCUCAUCACCACCAGCACCACCUCCUUGGGAAAUACUUGAGUAAGCUUAAGUAUAAAGGGGGAGGGAUUUCUACUUUGCUGUCCUAAUAUGAAGGAUGCAUAAUAUCUUUGAAUUCUCAGAUCAGAACAUUUAUACAUGUGUAUUUUUAAAGGUGCAAAGCUUUAGUUUCCAAGACCUUCACUUCAAAAUCAGAAUUGGAUGUUUUGUUUCUUGUAGUUUAAGGUUCCCACUGCAAAUUUAAUGCAGUUUAUAACUGAUAUUGGAAGGUAAGUAACAGAGCAUGCAAAAGGAGCAUAUGUAUUUUAACAGCUUAAAAUAAGUGCUCUAUUCAGGACUUGGUAUCUUGACACUUUUUCUUUAAAGGUUGCUCUGAUGAAAGCACUGCAGUCCUACUGUUGAUAAUUUUUAUACGCAUAGUCCUAGCUGUACAGCACUGCUUAUAAGCCUAACACAGCAGAUCAUCAUAUGUAGGAAUUGGUGUCCUGAACCUACAUAAAUUUAUUUAGAAAGUUAAUCUAAUUUUUGUUCCCACAGUUAUAGGACAAUACAGCAUUUGUCUUUACUAGUAACAGUAGUCACAAAGCAGAGAGUUCCUUAAGGCAUGUAAAAAGUCCUAGGUGAAACCCGUUGGAGUUGUUAGUUGUGUAGUUCUGUUUUGUUGCCUGAGGGCCAGACUACCAAUGGCAUUAAUUGCAUAGCCUGCUUUUCACUGCACACUUUUUCUUCCAUAAAACAGGGGGGGAGGCAGGGGUAGCGAAUUCAAGAGCUUUUUCUCCAGUGCAAAUUGUAGGCAUGGGCCCCUCAAAUCAAGGGUAGAACCCUGUCCCCGAUACUAGUCAUUUUUCAGAGAGGUUUGCACAUAAACUCUGAUAAACAUGUGUAAUAGUAUAGCCCUGAUACUAGGAUUUUCUAGUUCAGCAGCCUUCCUUCUUUGGGUGACAUCCAUCAUAGCACAAGGGGGCAUCCACUUGUAGAAAGAGGAGCACCUCCUUCAUGUGCACCCCCAAAAUAUGCUCCAGAGGGUUGGGGGACUGGAGGGGAAGGAUGGAGCCCUGUUGCAAAGAUGGGCUGCCACAAUUAGAUCUCCCUCUUCACCUUUAAAGUUAGAUUUAUAAGUUUAGAAAAAACAGCUUUGAAUGUUGACAAGUAAUGGAAUGCUUAUCAAGCAUGGAUUCAAAGAAAUAAUUCAGGAGGCCACCACCUGACAAAGCUUGCACAAUUAUCAGUUAGGAGGCACGUUAGAAGUCAUGUUUAAUUACGAGGUUAAUUUUAACAAAGAAUUGUUGCCAUGCUGGCUUCAGAGAAUGAGUGGUUCAUCAGGAUAAGUAACUGUCUUAUUGGACCAACUUUAGUUCACCCAAUGAAAAUUACAUUCCAUUACCUAUUUUAACACACAUCCAGAAAAAUGUAUAUUUAGUUGAUGUUUCUGGAUCUGUUUCAGUGAUACAAUGCAUUAUGAAGAUGACAGCAAGUAGCCUGUGAAAAAUAUACUAUUAAAGUUUUGGUUCUUCAGAUGAGAUACUAAUGCAAAAUACAAUAUUAAUAUUACAGAGAUUUUUGUAUCCUUAUCAUUCUAUCAUAUGUGGCACACAUCUUAGUAUAUGGCCUUUGCAAUUUUUAGAAACCUCACAGAUCUCUGCGUGCACCCAGGAAUUUUCCUUAGGUGACUUAGCAGAAGCUGCCAAUGCCAAAUCAGCUCAGCACUGGGAGCUACUGAGGCAAGUGCAUGGGUGCUCUUCUGGAUCGUGGCCAAUGUGUUUGAAAUUACCUCUCACAUUUCAGUUUCAAUGUCAAAAGGAGGCAGCAAGUCCUAGAUCUUUAGUACUUGGAAACACCAUAGACUUUUACUAAUACAAUCACUUUUUGUUUUAGGUAUUGCAAAAACUACACCAAAGAACCUGGAAUUUAUUUAUUUUUAUUUAUUUAAAAAAUAAACAGGAUGAGACACCCUUUGAAUGCUGUAUAAUUCAGGAGGAUCAGUGUUGAAUAAUAUGCAGCAUUGUCUUUCCCAGACAUUUAAGAAGAGGGCAGCUUCACUAUUUCUAAUAACCCAGGAGUAAACAAUUAGAACUGUAAAUGAGGCCUUUGCCUUUUCUAUGGCAGUGCAGAGCACUCCUCCUAGACCAUUAGGCUGGCCCUAAUUAUUUUAAAUUUAAUUUAUUCCAAAAUCAUGUCUCUGUUUACUGGGGGCAUUUCAGUAACAUGUAGGAUUAAAGUUUGAUGGCUACAAUCCAGUAUUGCACAACCAGCUAACUAAACUUUUCUAACUAUAAAUUGUUGAGAAGGAGAGCAAACCAUGUCUUUCUUUGACCAUUUGAACCCAUUAUUUGUUUUUUUCUACAGCCAUGCACUGUAUUAGAAUAAAAGGACAUUGAAUAUUCAAAUAAGAGUAUGGGAAAUGGUUGGCUUGAGUGGAAAAAACAUGUUUCAGUGAACCAGUUUAGAAGUGAUCAGCAGUUCAUCUCCUAUUCCAUAUUCCCCACUCUUCCCUUAGAGCAAAUGUGUUUAUGUAAUAAUUCAAGUUGAUGUUUUAUAAUAUACUUUUCAGCAUAUAUGCUUUUUGGACCUGGUUAAUCCAUGCCUCAUUUUUUACUCCUGGUUGUAUACUCCAUUGAGUAAAGUGAUAACUAGUCAAUGUGCAUGUACUAUCAGUUUGUCUGAGGCUUUUUAAUUUGAAUAAAAAUAGCUUGCAGUUUGGAUUA